GGCAGCAGAGACGACGAGUUGCAUUAUUGUGAUUGUUGUUGAUAUAUACCGUAGCAGAAACUUGGCAAUCCAAUCUCAGAUCCUCAGGCAGUCAUCAAUCCAAAGUCCUUCACAAGCAUGUUUGCAUUGAACGCUCUGCGCACUGCCAUCCGCGUCCAGUCAGCCUCGUCGCCUUCUGCCGCAGCCAUCCGCGCACUCUCGACUGCCACUGCUGCCUCUGCUGGCUCGUCGGCUGCCGUCCCAGACGUCUCCAAGCUGAGCUUCAACACGCUGCUCGUGUCCAAGCCGACCGCCAAUGUCGGCCUGGUCACGCUCAACCGCCCAAAGGCACUCAACGCUCUCUGCGACGAUCUCAUGAGCGAGCUCAACACGGCCCUGGAGCACUUCCACGCCGAUCCCACGGUGGGCGCCAUCGUCAUCACUGGCAGCGAGCGCGCAUUCGCAGCCGGCGCUGACAUCAAGGAAAUGCAGCCGCUGACCUACUCCAAGUGCGUCAACACCAACUUCCUCGCUCACUGGACGCGCGUCGCAGAGUCGCGCAAGCCCAUUCUCGCGGCCGUCAACGGCUUUGCGCUCGGCGGUGGCUGCGAGCUCGCCAUGAUGUGCGACAUUAUCUAUGCCGGCGAGAAGGCCCAGUUUGGUCAGCCCGAGAUUCUGCUCGGCACCAUUCCCGGCGCAGGCGGCACGCAACGCCUCACCCAGGCCGUGGGCAAGAGCAAGGCGAUGGAGAUUGUCCUCACUGGCGACAAGUACUCUGCCCAGGAGAUGGAGCGCGCUGGCCUGGUUGCCCGCGUCUACCCCGUCGAAACGCUGGUCGAGGAGGUUGUCAAGAAGGCCAGCAAGAUUGCCUCGCUCUCCAAGCCCGUUGUCCAGCUCUGCAAGGAGGCUGUCAACGCCUCGUACGAAAUGACCCUCAAGGAGGGCACCCACUUUGAGCGUCGUCUCUUCCACUCGACUUUCGGCCUGAAGGACCGUGCCGAGGGCAUGACUGCGUUUGUCGAGAAGCGUGCCGCCAAGUUUACUGACGAGUAAUCCGGAGAGAGCAAGAGGGAAGCAAAAGGACGAAUUUUGGUUUUUCGAUGACUUUUUUCUGCUUUGUUCGUUGAUGCAAGUACAGUUAUUCUCCCUCCAGGGCCGUACCA